AUGGCAACCAGCGAAUCGUCCGGCCCUGUCAAUGGCAACUACGCGCCGCAAGGCUACGAGAAUAGCUACUCCACCGGCGCCUCCAACUUCACACCCAGCCAGCAGCCCACGGCCCAACCCGCACAGCAAGCACCCGCCUCUGAAAUCCCCAAGGACGAGGUCGGCUGGUACUUUGUCGAGCAGUACUACACCACCUUGAGCAAGAGCCCGGACCGCCUCUACCUGUUCUACAACAAGCGCUCCCAGUACGUCUCUGGUGUCGAGGAGGAGAAGGUCAAUGUGUGCCUCGGCCAAAAGGCUAUCAAUGAGCGCAUCAAGGAGCUCGAAUACAAGGACACCAAAGUCCGCGUCACGAACGUCGAUUCGCAGGGCUCCGACGCCAACAUCGUCAUCCAGGUCAUCGGUGAGAUCUCCAACCAAGGCCAGCCUCACAGGCGCUUCGUCCAGACCUUUGUCCUCGCCGAGCAGACCAACGGUUACUUCGUACUGAAUGACAUCUUCCGCUACCUUGCCGAGGAGCCCGAGGAGGACGAGGAGGCUCAGCAGGAUACUGCCAAUGGCGUUGUCGAACCCGCACCCACCACCGCUGUUCCUGAGGCCGAGGCCGACCAAGCUGCGACCAGCGAGGAGGACCUGAACAAGGUUGACGACAAAUUAGAGGAGGUUGCGCAGGAGCAGCCAUCCGACGACACUGCUGCUGCCGCCGCCGCCGCCGCCCCGCCUCAGCAGGAAGCGGAGGAGACCCAGCAGCCCCAGGCCGAGGAGGCGCCUGAGGCCAUCACCGAGGACGCGAGCAAGGAAACCGAAGUCCCUGCUACUGAAGAGGCCACCGAGCCCGAGAAGCCUGCCGCGCCUGCUCCUACACCUGCUCCCGCGGCACCCAAGGCUGCGCCCGUCGCCAUGCCCACUGGCCCACCGAAGCCCAGGACUUGGGCCAGUCUCGCAGCCUCUGCACAUAAAGUUGCUACUCCAGCCGUGCCGGCACCUGCCCAGCAAGCCGCUUCACAGACGAAGGCCGCCGCCCCGUCGCAGCAGGCUGCUGCUACGCCUGCCCCUGCAAAGGAGACUGCUCGCGAACAGUCCCCUGCGAACAGCCAAGGCGAAGCUGCUGGCUGGCAGACUGCUACCGGUCACAAGAAGGAGCAGUCUCGUGCCCAGAACCCGGGGCCUGCUGCUGACCCAGACCAGAAGCGCGCGUACAUAAAAAAUGUAUUCCCCCAGGUCGAGGAAGCUGCUUUGAGAAGCCUUCUCACCAAGUACGGUGAGAUUGACUACCUCGACAUCAACCGCACCAAGAAUUGCGCCUUUGUUGACUUCAAGACGCCCGCUGGAUUCCAGGCGGUUGUAGCCGCCAACCCGCACUCUGUCAACGGUGUUGAGAUCAAGGUCGAAGAGCGUCGUGCGAACCCUGGACAAUUCGGCGGCCGUGGAGGCUUCUCUCGCGGUGGCGCUCCACGAGGCCGCGGCGGGGUGGGUGGUGGAGCGCCUCGCGGCAACUUCAACCCUCGUGGGCGUGGUGGUCCAGCCCGGGGCGGGCGAGGCGGUGCUUCUGCUCCUCAGGAGGCUUGA